AUGAAAGCAGCCGUCAUUCACGCCCCCGGCGGCCCCGAAGUCCUCCGGCUAGAAGACAUCCCAAUCCCUGUGGCAAACCCGGGCCAGGUCCUGAUCCGGGUCAGGGCCUUUGGACUCAACCGCUCCGAGCUCUUCACUCGGCAGGGUCACUCCCCUAGUGUACAGUUUCCCCGUGUCCUAGGCAUCGAGGCUGUCGGGACAGUCGCUGCAGCGCCAGGUGGGGAGUUUGUGGAGGGCGAGGUUGUCGCAACCGCCAUGGGAGGUCUAGGCCGCAAUUUUGAUGGCGGAUAUGCAGAGUACACCUGCGUGUCAGCGGCCAACGUGCAGGCCAUUCCCCGGGACGUAGCUGACGGUCUCAGCUGGAACAUCCUUGGUGCAAUGCCAGAGAUGUUACAAACCGCGUGGGGAUCGCUAUUCAGAGCACUUAAGCUGAGCAAAGGCGACAAGCUCCUUAUCCGUGGGGGAACAACGAGCGUGGGGAUCGCCGCUGCUUCACUCGCUGCGGAACACGGGGCAACGGUCAUGGCUACCACGCGAAGGACCAGCAAGGACGUUGCUGACCUCAUGAAACGGCAUGGUGUAGGAGAGGUAGUCGUCGACACGGGAGAAAUUGCAGAGGAUGUGUUGAAGAUCUGGCCUGGGGGAGCUGAUAAGGUUUUGGAGCUGGUUGGAACCUUGACCUUGGACGACUCGAUGCGGUGCGCAAAAGAAGGUGGCAUUGUCUGCAUGUCUGGCAUAGUAGGCAACCAGUGGGCGUUGAAUAACUGGAACCCGAUGGAGUCUAUUCCCUCGGGAGUCUUUCUCACUGCUUACAGUGGUGGACCAAAGGAGUUCAUGGAGACGCCUUUGGGCGAUCUGGCACGGAAGAUCAAAGAUGGAAAGCUGGAGUUGCGAAUUGGCAAGACUUUCGGUUUGGAUGAUAUUGUCGACGCACACAAGUUUAUGGAAGAGAACAAGGCUUUGGGUAAAAUUGUGGUAUUAGUAUAG